UAAGAAAAAGCGCUGCAAAUGAGACCGCAACGAAACGGAAGUGUUUCCAGGGGACACUUAAAAGUGAUGCACACGUCCGGACUCGCGCUACAGGUUCACUCUCCGUCAGCGGUGUUCGGAAAUGAGAUAAGAAAUCAAAAUGAAUUGUCCUUUCUGUGGCGUCCGAUUGGAUAACUCGCCAAAAUGUUGCAGUUCCUGUGGGCGAGAUAUAGGCUUUAUAAACGAGGAAGCUUCUACAGUAUCUAGGACAGCAGUGACUGAUGCAGGUUCCAUCCCAGCAAAGUCAGCUGUGCAUCAGUUCAUGAGAUACAGAGAACUAAAAGAAAAGAUGAGGAAGAAAUUUUCAAAACCCCAAAAGAAAUCAAUGAAAACAGUCAAGAUUUCUGUUGGGAUCAUGGUCAAGGCCAAACAUGGCUUGAAGCCCAUAAGAGGGAAAACUCUACCUCUAGAUGUUGGACCUCAGUGGUCAUCAGAGCAACUUUUGGCAGCUGCCUCGAAAAGACUAAAAGAUUUUGACCAAGACAUGGAGGAUAGAGAAUAUGUCCUGCUCUAUCCUGAUGGCUCGCAGACAACACAUAUCCCUGGGACUGAGACACCCUUCACAAUUGAAAAGUACAAAAAGGCCAUUGGAAAAGCUUAUCAACGGAUCACAAUGUACAUCUGCACCCUUGAGGACUUGUCAAAGAGUGACGGAGAUGACUCGGAGGAUGAGGAGGAUGAUGUUGUUGUUAGGGUGCCACCCAAUAUGGCACCUCUUUCUGACACAGUGAUCAAAAAAUAUUGUCCUUUCUGUGGCGUCGGAUUGGAUAACUCGCCAAAAAGUUGCAGUUCCUGUGGGCGAGAUAUCGGCUUUAUAAACGAGGAAGCUUCUACAGUAUCUAGGACUGCAGUGACUGAUGCAGGUUCCAUCCCAGCAAAGUCAGCUGUGCAUCAGUUCAUGAGAUACAGAGAACUAAAAGAAAAGAAGAAAUUUUCAAAACCCCAAAAGAAUUCAAUAAAAUCAGUCAAGAUUUCUGUUGGGAUCAUGGUCAAGGCCAAGCAUGGCUUGAAGCCCAUAAGAGGGAAAACUCUACCUCUAGAUGUUGGACCUCAGUGGUCAUCAGAGCAACUUUUGGCAGCUGCCUCGAAAAGACUAAAAUAUUUUGACCAAGACAUGGAGGAUAGAGAAUAUGUCCUGCUCUAUCCUGAUGGUUCGCAGACAACACAUAUCCCUGGGACUGAGACACCCUUUACAAUUGAAAAGUACAAAAAGGCCAUUGGAAAAGCUUAUCAACGGAUCACAUUGUACAUCUGCCCCCUUGAGGACUUGUCAAAGAGUGACGGAGAUGACAGAAAUGAGGAGGAAGAGGAUGAAGAGGAGGAUGAGGUUGUUGUUAGAGUGCCACCCAAUAUGGCACCUCUUUCUGACACUGUGAUCAAAAUGUAUUGUCCUUUCUGUGGCGUCCGAUUGGAUAACUCGCCAAAAAGUUGCAGUUCCUGUGGGCGAGAUAUAGGCUUUAUAAACGAGGAAGCUUCUACAGUAUCUAGGACAGCAGGUUCCAUCCCAGCAAAGUCAGCUGUGCAUCAGUUCAUGAGAUACAGAGAACUAAAAGAAAAGAAGAGGAAGACAUUUUCAAAACCCCAAAAGAAAUCAAUGAAAUCAGUCAAGAUUUCUGUUGGGAUCAUGGUCAAGGCCAAGCAUGGCUUGAAGCCCAUAAGAGGGAAAACUGUACCUCUAGAUGUUGGACCUCAGUGGUCAUCAGAGCAACUUUUGGCAGCUGCCUCGAAAAGACUAAAAGAUUUUGACCAAGACAUGGAGGAUAGAGAAUAUGUCCUGCUCUAUCCUGAUGGCUCGCAGACAACACAUAUCCCUGGGACUGAGACACCCUUUACAAUUGAAAAGUACAAAAAGGCCAUUGGAAAAGCUUAUCAACGGAUCACAUUGUACAUCUGCACCCUUGAGGACUUGUCAAAGAAGGACUGCUUCCUGAACCGGUCACAGUUCGCGGCUGGCUUUUCUCAACGUUUGGUCCUGAGAGAAGGAUCUGUUCCCACUUUGUCUGGACAACCCGGACAUUCCGGAGACACGGGAUCACCACCUCAUGAGGAGCGCCUGUCCAGAGCGUUUGAUGAAGUGAUGGGGCUGGGAAACUUUGCUGAAACCUCCAGGAGCUCUGCCACCUCUUCCAAAAGUGGAGACCAGGAUGAAACAAAAGGAGCAGAUGAAACGUCAGGACAAGAGGAACAGCUACCGGUUGAAGAAGAGGAUAGCAAUGGCAGUAGACAAGAAGAAAAGAUGGAUGAGGUCGGAGAGUCAUCCCCUCCUCGCAUUCCCUCCCCUCCCCCCGAACGAAACUCCCCGUUUACCGCGAGAACCAAUGAAGGAGGCGGAGGCGGAGGCGGAGGUGGAGGUGGAAGUGGAGGAGCAGCGUUUGAUGAUGCCCUGGAUGGCCUUCCUAUGUAUGGGCCAGAAGAAGAUGAUGAAGAUUGGCACUUUGCCCUUCCAAUGGGCACCCUGGAGGAUGUCGAUGUGGAUAAGGCAAACAGACAAAGACGGCAAACAGAAGAGAGGAACAACUCAGGUCGUGUCGAUCCCUUUGCUCGUGAGCCCAGAGGUGGGGUGGAGGAGCGAGUAAGGGAAGAGAGCACUGAGUCUGCCAACACCUCCCACUCCUCCCAGGACCACACACCUGACAACAGCAGAGAUGGAGGUGUCCUGAACCAGGGUGAGGAGACAGAAGACAGCCAGCAGGGAGAGAGGUCAGAAGCAGCUCCCAUGGAGGACAGUAAUCCCCCGAUGUCUCCUAGUAUCAAUAUUAAAGAUGAGCCCAUUGAUGAGGGCUAUGAUGCUGCUUUACUUCCUCAGAGCUCGAUCAGGCAGAUAAAAGAGGAGCUGGAGCAUCAGGAGGAAGAGCUGAGAAUCAGCUCUGUUUACUCUGUUGGAGGAGCAAACACCUUUGUGUCUCCUGCUGUGCCAGCGGCAAUCCCACCCCCCACUCCAGCAGCCAUUUUCAUCCCAGGUAGAGGAACUGUCCUACAAGCUAUGGCUUCUCUUCCUGUCAGGCCUCCACUUCCAAUCCCCGGUUCACUACCAGCUCUGGCAACAGUUCCCCAACGUCCACCUCAGCCCCCUGUUCCUGGUAGCGUCCACUGCAGUGGCUGCUCUAAGGUUCUGCUGAAAGGCCAAACAGCAUUCCAAAGAAAAGGUUCGACGCAGCUCUUCUGCUCCACAGUCUGUCUGACUGGACAUCUGCCUCCAGCCACCAAGAACAGAUUGUGUUUCCAGUGCAACAGGGAGAUCCUUCAGCCCCGGGACAUGAUCACCAUUCCAGUAGAUGAUAACGCCUACAUGCACUUCUGUGGCCAGUUCUGUCUGUCAGUCUUUAGACACAAGAAGAAAAGUGGUGAGAAGAUUCCUGACAAAUUGGUUGAAAAGCGGCUAGAGAAGAAGCCAGAGAAGCCGCCAGAGAAACCGGUGGAGCAACAGUCUGAAAAACCCUUCUGCAGCGUCUGCAAAGUCACCAAAAAGCAGAUUGAGCAUGAGGUCACCCAUCAAGGUCGUCUACACAGACUCUGUAGUGAUGCUUGUUUUCUAACAUGGCGCAAGAUCCGUCAUUUAGCAAUGAACUGCUGUGAAGGCUGUGGACUUUACUGCAAUAGCAGUGCAGGCUCCUGUCAGACUCUCACCAUUGAUAGAUCCAAGCUCAACUUCUGCAGUCCUACUUGCGUUGGCACCUACAAACAGACAUGCAAAAAGACUGUCAACUGUGCGUACUGCCACAAGAUGGCGAUAGUGUCCUCAACCAUCAUGGAACGAGACCAAAGGGGCAAAGUUCAACUUUACUGUUCAUCUGUUUGUAUGGAACAGAGCCGUCCACCCCGACAUACUCUCAGUGGUACUCCAUUCCCAUGCUCCCUGUGCAAGGUGUCAGCUGUUCCUCAGUAUCAUCUGGCCAUGGUGGACGGCACCAUUCGUAACUUCUGCUCCUAUGACUGUGUCUCCAUAUUCAGGAAAUCCGGGCACCCCUCUCAGCUGGAGCUGACCAAUGGCAUCUCCUCUCUCAGGGACCCCUCCAUCAGAGAUGCCCCCAAAACAGGGCCCUCUGCUGGAGCCAGCUCAGUCCCUCCCAUCCCUCAGGACUACCCAUCCUCAGUCCCCUACCCAGGCCAUCAUCCCAGUCAUACCUCAGUGCCCCCACUAGUGCCUCCCUACCCAUCCACAUCCUCCCCCUCUGUUCCAGGGCAGGCCCAUGCCAGAGGGCCCCUAAAACCGACAGAAGGUGGAAACAGAGACGCCUCCAAACUAACCUGCCAUCAGUGCAGCCAACAGUUCAACACCAAGCCGCUGCUAUUCAGUCACCAAGGUCAUAUUUCUAUGUUCUGCAGUACGACGUGCUGUGAAUACUAUAAAACCCAGAAAAAUAUCAUUUUGCCAUGCGAGUGCUGUAAACAGGAAAAGGUCCCCUUUGACAUCAUCAGCUGCAACCUACAGGACCUGGUUUUCUGCAGUGAAAACUGUAAGCUUCUCUACAAACAAGACCUGACCUCUCGCAACAAGGAUCAUUCCUGGCAUCCCUGUUCCUACUGCUCUGGCAUCAGCCAGAAGAUGCUGCACAGCCACUAUGGAGGCAAGAUCGAGGAGUUCUGUAAACCCCACUGCAUGUCCCAGUACACUGUACUCUACUAUGGGAUGGGGAGAUGUGACAGUUGUAGGAAACAGGGCUACAUGGCGGAGAAGCUGCAGUGUUUGGGUUCAGUCCGUAACUUCUGUAACCUGCCCUGCCUUCUCCAGUACUGCUCCCAUCAUUUUGAUACGAGUCACAACAACAACAACAGCAGCAGUAAUGGUACUGGAACGGCCCCACAGACACCAUAUGCUCCAACCCAGCCACACCACCCCUCAAAGAUGAAUCCUGUCAUAGCCGAUGUCGUCUCAUUGGCCAGUGGCUCUGCCACUCAGCCCAGUGUGUCAGCAGAUACUGCUCUGACUGGAGCCCUUCCGACCUCCAUUUACGGCAAGAACCAUGACCACGCCAGUACUCAGACUGACGCCAUGCGCUUGCCAGUGUCCCGUCGACGUCAGAUGAAGAACAAGUCGGUUCUGUGUCGACCCUUCACUAUGGACCAAGAGAUCAUGUGCCAGCUGCCCUCAUCCUCCACUGAAUCAGAAGUUACGUCCUCAGCCAGAGAGGAGAAAGUGAAGGUGAUAAUGGUGCCAGUCCCAGUACCUGUCUUCAUUCCAGUGCCUAUGAACAUGUACUCCCAGUACACACCUGUACCAAUGGCUGUGCCCAUGCCUAUUCCAGUACCCCUGGUAGUUCCACCACAGAAAAAGGAGAUGAAAGAUGCUGUUGUCCAAUCAGAACCUUUGGCUGUAAAAGAAGACAAACAUAAUGAAAAGCCUUUUUCCAGUGCAGGCCAGAGCAUUUCUACUGCAGACGGGAAGUCACAAGUGGUUGAUCCCGUAAUCACUGAAGAGGAGGAUACUCAAAAAGCUGACCUGCCUUCCACUGAAAGUCCAGAGAGGGGUGCAGAGUCUACUGAUCCUCUGCCUGACGCCCAGCCAGGGACAACAACGACCACGACAAGUGACCUGCCGACCACCAGUGUCGAGCAGCAACCUCCUUCCUCUCCGAUGAUGGACCUGGAGAUGGACUUUCCAUCUGGUCGGAGGUCGUCUGCCCCGCAGCGAGGAGUGAAGAGACCCAGAGAAGGAGGCUACUCCGGCCGGAAACGGGGACGAAGGCGGACUGGUUCGUUGGGCCGUGGUGCAGUGGAACCUCCCGCCCCCUCCGCACUGAACCACCUGUAUGGGGUUAAAGCCUGGAAGAGCUGGGUCCAACAGCGCAAUAAACAGUCACAAGCGUCCGCCCUGGUGGAUGUGAAAGAAGACAUCCUUCAGUGUGACUCUGCUGAGCUGAGCUUUGCUCUGUCCCGCUUCAUCAGAGAAGUGAGACGACCGAAUGGAGAGACCUAUAGCCCAGACAGCAUCUUCUACCUCUGCUUAGGGAUACAACAGUAUCUGUUCACCAAGGGCCGCAUAGAGAACAUCUUUACUGACGAGCUCUACAGUCAGUUUGCCACUGAGAUCACCAGGAUGCUGCAAUUCUGGAGGCCUAAAUUACUGCCUAGAGGCGGCGCUGUUUCCUCUCGCGUUGAAGAGUCCUACCUGUGGGAGUGUAAGCAGCUGGGCGCCUACUCGCCCAUAGUGCUGCUCAACACGCUGCUCUUCUUCUGCACCAAAAACUUCCACUUCUCCACGCUGGCUCAGCACCAAAGUCUCUCCUUUGUCAACUUCAGUCGACGCUCCAAACCCUGCAGCCGGGCCGGCAAAGUCCACUACCUCCAGUACCAGGGCAGCGGCUUUGACACAGAGCGGUUGAGAAAAAGACAGGCCGAGAAAGAGGGAGACAUGGAGAUGAUAGAAAACAUCACCAACCCUCUGCACUGUCCCGUCAGACUCUACGAGUUCUACCUCUCCAGAUGCCCAGAGUCGGUGAAGAAGAGAUCGGACGUGUUUUACCUCCAGCCGGAACAGAAUGUGCACACACACAGUCCACACUGGUACACUUCCCAUCCAUUAGAGGAAACCACUCUACAGAGCAUGCUCACGCGCAUCUUGGCCGUCAGAGAGGCUCACCAGGCUCAGGGAGCAGCCCAGUACCAGUCGCCAGCCACCACUGCUGACCGAAGCUCACAGUGAGAUACAACCUGAACAUGAUCUUACACCUGUCAGUCAUUUCAGACUGAGGCUGACAGGCCUGUGACACUUUGUGGGGGGUUCAUGAGCGGACCGGGACCACCAGGCUUUUAAAGACAGAAAAAACAGAGAUCUGAUGAAAUGACACUCUUGUCACAAAGAGAGACAAUUUUUAAAGAACUGGGAUUGUGGGAUUAUGUAUUUAGUUACCUCAGUGGCCAUCUCCUCCUCACAUAAAUACACAAUGAGUUUACAAAUGUCUGAUACUGUCGUAAUAUGGAAAUGGAAGGUUUAAUGGGUAUAUUGUUGACGCAGCGUUUAUCAUGUGGUGGGAAUUUAUUAAACUACCAGUAAUAGUCGAUGUCAAACCUGUCAGAUGUGCUGUUUAUCCCACUAUAAGACCAGCGGGAACAGUCAGAGGGCUGUCUUAUAGUUAUCACACUUGCUUACAUGGAGAUUUUUAGACAUCCAUUGCAGUACUGAUACAUUUAAGAUGAAAUAUGAAAUUAAAUCUGCAUUUAAUUGAAAAUAUGAGAGAUGGGAGUCAUUGGAUGGCUGACAUUUGGUUAAAAGCCAGAUAUGUAUUCCAGUAUGUUGUUAAAUCAAUAUAUAUAUAUAUAUAUAUAUCAAUCAGUGUAACCCUUUAUGUAAUGAGACUCACUGUGCCUCUCGGCUUUUGUUGUUUCAUUACGAGUGGUCUCUUAUUAUUUAGUUCCUAUUUUAUAAUACACAUCCUGUGUGGCCUUAUUUCCUUCCCAGAAACUUUCCCUCCUCCCUCCGUUUGUCCCCCUUCUGUCCUUCCAGGUUUUCCUCCGAUCCACUUAUUCCCUCUGGCAGUAAUUUACUUUAUGUAUAACUGUAUGAACGUCCUCUUUCAUUCCCUUUUAUGUUUCUGUCUUGAUAACAGUGCCAUGAUAUUUUUCCUCCGGGACGUUAUUUCCUCUCUUGGUUUUGCUUUUUCUUCCAAUUGACAUUUUUUCUUUAACUUGAAGAAAUUGUGUCUGGGGAUUUAAGAAAAGCAGCAGACAACUCAAAGCACUCACAAAGUUCCUAAACCCUUGCGGUUUCCCAUCAUAUCCCUAAUGGUCUGUAUGUUUUAUGGUUUAGUGUGUUUCUCAUUGGCGAUAUACACAAUAUAAAACAAGUGUUAUGACAAUGUGCCUAACAUAUUUCUCACUGUCAGCAGCUGUAGAUAUCAGUUGUUUUUCAUCAUCCGUGUAAACCUUAGAGAAGUCACUACAGUCUUAGUCUUUCUACAGAAGGUCCUGGUGACUCACUCCAUAGACGACACGUUGUGUAUUUUCUAACCCAAACAUGUCUGGACAUACUGAACAUUUAUUCCUAUACAUUUCAAAGAUUUUUAGAUUGUAUUUUGGAUUGAAAAUCUUAAAAUCUCAAGAAUAACGUCAAAAAUCUGCUGGUUGACCAGAAAAUCUAAUAUCUAAAACAUAUAUUGCUAUGUUGAGAUUUCACAAAAAUAUUACAUUUUUGGCGGGGUGAUUAUAAAUACUAAUGCGUUUUCAUUGUAUAUAUUGUCAUGGAGGCCAACGUGCCUUUACUUUUGCCUCACAUUUGAUAUCAAAUCCAUGUUACAGUGUAAAUGAGUUAUAAGCACUACACAUCACACCAGCCUGACAUCUUUCCAGUGCUCCAUGCUUAUGUUGAAGCAUUCAGUCCUGACUGCGACUGUAAGCCGUUAGCUGUUAGCAUUAGUCAGACACAACAUACUGCAACACACUCACACAUCACUGCUGUCGCUGCUCUUUGAAAACUCCCAUAAGAUUGUUCAGUAAGACAAGGCCCAGACACAGUCUGAUGUUUUUUAUCAUCGUGCACAAAAUGCUGUGUGGCCGUUCAAUAAAAAAAAAGUUAAAAAAUCAUCUUAUUCCUUCUUUUACGUGGUUGCAAGGUGGAAGAUUUUUUAUUGGAAGCAUGAUGGAAAUGAAAUGUGGCGUCGAGUGUCAUUGAAACGUGCAGUUUUGAAACAUUUAUUUAUAAACUGUGCAAAAUUUGA